AUGAGGGAAUUGUUCAUGAUGAGAAUGAACGAGGGCAGCCCAGUUGCUGAUCACAUUAAUGAGGUCAAUUCGAUCUUGUCGAGGUUGUCAUCAGUAGGCAUGAAGUUCGAUGAUGAUACUCAGGCUGUGAUUCUGUUAUCUUCCUUGCCUGAUAGUUGGUCGGGAUUUGUGACAACGGUUACUGAAACAGCUGGAACAGGAAACUUGAAGUUUGAUCGGAUACGGGAUAGUGUUUUGGGUGAAGACAUUCGCCGGAGGAACGCUAGUGGAGGAUCUACUUCUGGGUUACUCAGUGUUAGCAGGGGAAGAGAGUCAAUGCCCAAACAAGAAAACGAAAUUAGCACAGUUGUUGGGAAUGCAUCUGAUGAUGAUAGUGAUGCAUUGAUACUCAACAUGGAAAGCUAUGUUGACUCUUGGGUCAUGGAUUCUGGUGCUUCGUUUCACGCCAUGCACAGCGGUGAGGCGAUGGUGAAUCUCCAAAAGGGAGACUUUGGAAAGGUAAAGUUGGGUAACGGGAAAAUCCUUAAAGUGACAGGCAUGGGAGAUAUUGAUCUAAAAACUUCAUUUGGAACUACUUGGAGCUUACAAAAUGUCAGGGUGAUUCCAAGACUGAAGACAAAGUUGAUCUCAGUCGGAUAAUUGGAUGAACAGGGACUAGAUAUUAAGUUUGGUGGUGGAAAAUGGAAGGUGAUCAAAGGAAAUUUGGUUAUUGCUCGAGGCUUGAAAAGAGGAUCGUUAUACAUGGUACCGGUGACGUCUGAGGGAGUGACCAACCCAGUAAAGACAGUUAACAAAG